CCCUUCCUUCAGAAUUCAGAUUUCAGAUAGCAACAACAACGAACUGCUGCCCGCAAGCCUAGCCUCCACCACCGCCUUGUGCCUCUAUUGCUGCCGCCCCGUCCGUCGCACCGACCCCUGUUCGCUCUCAGACUCACCAGUCGCAGGCACGCUGUUUCUUCCUCGAGCGUCCGUCGUCUUCGUCUUCUUACCGUCAUGCUAGCCGUCGUCUUCGUCUGCUGACUCUGCUCGCCGUCUCAGACCGAAGAAAAACCCUUCACCAUUCCAAUCUGCUUCCUUCGAGUUCAGAGAGCAGAAGCUCAACCAAGGAAAAAACCUUUCUCCAUUCCAAUCUUGUCGCCGUCUGUCUGAGUGAGAGACUGCUGUUGCCGCCUCCGUUGCACUCAAGAACUUCCGUCUUCGUGCUAUCGGCGUACGCUACUUCGCUCCAUUCCAAUCUAGUGCUUGUUCUUCGUGUUUCUUUUAUUGUCUGUUCAGAAAUCAAACCCUCUUCAUGCUUGUUCUUCGAUGUUUCAGUUCAAGUGACAACACUCACUUUGGCGACACAGGAGGAGCAGAAGGUUACUUUUUUUGAAUUAAUUGAAAAAUUGAAAAAUCAAAAUUGGUUUGGUUUGAUUGGUCUUAGUUAAAAAAUCGAACCAAACUAAACCGAAAAAUUCAUAUAAAAUUAGAUCGGAUAAUUUUUUCUUAAAAAAUCGAACCAAGAGAUAUUUGUCUCGUGGAUGAAAACCAUGAUGAUAAGUUUACGUUGGUAACUAUUAACAACAAGCUCAAGAAGCUAAAGCUAUUUCCACUGCCACUCUAUGCUCUUUCCCCACCGCCACCACCAUCACAUUAACAUUCAACUUUGUUUUAUUUUUCCACCAUUUUUAUGUGAUGGCUCUUGUUCCCACUUGCAAUCUUCACCAUUUCUUUGAUUCCUUCAACACUACCCCCAAGCUCCACACUCUUUGCUUCUUCAGGUACUCUUCUUAUUCUUUUUCUUCAAUUCACUGCUCUGAUAAGCUCACUUUCUGCUCAACACGGAACUGGGUCUUGUGCCAUUCAAUUAAUGGAACAAUACCCUCUAGGAAUUCUAGUCUUUUUGGCGUGAAAAAUAAUAUAAUAUUUCAAUGUAAGGGUUUGUGUAGUGAUAGUUGGUUGAAACAUUGGAACGAGCCUAGCAAGUACACUCGUCCAAAACAGCCAUGUGCUCUUUUGGAUUAUCAAGGUUCUGGAAAUGGGCAUUCAUCAAAAUCUGGUUUUGUGAGUUCUGAUGAUGAUUAUGAUUAUGAUGAUAGAGGAGGUGAUGGAAGCAGUGGUGGUAGUACUAUGGAUAAGAUUGUGGGGAAAUUGAAGAAAUUUGGGUAUGUUGAUGAUGAUAAGAUUGAGAAGCAAGAUAGAAGGGAGGAGAGGGUAAUAAAAAAAGGAUCUGUGGAGGAUAUAUUUUACGUGGAGGAAGGGCUAUUGCCCAAUACACGAGGCAGGUUUUCACCAGAGUCUCCAUUUGGAAUUGGAAACUUUGUGAGUGAUAGGGAGGUGAGGUUUCCAUGGGAGAAGCCAAUGGAUAAAGAGAAAGAAGAAGAAGAAGAAGAGAGGUAUAAUCGAAGGAGGGAAAGUAAAACUUCUCUUGCAGAACUGACUCUUCCAGAGUCGGAAUUGAGGAGGCUGAGGCACUUGACUUUCGAGAAGAAGCAUAAGACCAGAGUUGGAGGUGGUGGGGUUACUCAAGGUCUUGUGGACAAGAUUCAUGAGAGGUGGAAGGAUUCGGAGAUUGUUAGGCUGAAAUUCGAAGGGGAAGCUGCACUUAACAUGAAGAGGAUGCAUGAGCUACUGGAGAGAAAAACUGGUGGUCUCGUGGUUUGGAGGUCUGGCAACUCUGUUUCCUUGUACAGGGGUGUGAGCUAUGAAGCUCCUUCAAUACAACAGAACAAGUGGAUAUAUAGGAAAAGAGGGAGUUCUUCAGUGCAACAGAACAAACAGAUAUAUGGGAAAAGUGAGAAUUCUUUUAAGUCUCUACCAGCACCACCUCAUCGUUCAUUGGAAAAGCAUUCUGACAUUGCUUCUAAUUUUGGGACAAUUUCACAUUUGGAAAAAAUGGAAGCUACUGAUGACCAAAAGGAAAAAAAUUUGCUUCCAGAAGUUACUUACGAAGAUGAAGUAGGCAAAUUUUUGGAUACUCUAGGCCCUAGAUACACAGAUUGGCCUGGGAGUGAGCUGUUGCCAGUUGAUGCAGAUAUGCUUCCGGAAACUGUUCCUGGUUAUGAGCCUCCCUUCAGAGUUCUUCCCUUUGGAGUGAGACCCUCGCUUGGUCAAACAGAGGCAACUUCUCUACGAAGGAUUGCAAGGACCCUUCCUCCACAUUUUGCAUUAGGCAGAAACAGACAACUUCAAGGGUUAGCUACAGCCAUGAUUAAAUUAUGGGAAAAAAGUUCUAUUGCAAAGGUGGCACUCAAACGCGGUGUGCCACUAACUACAAGCGAGAGAAUGGCAGAAGAUAUCAAGAAAUUGACAGGUGGUGUACUGCUCUCGAGGAAUAAAUAUUUCUUGGUCUUUUAUCGGGGAAAGAAUUUUUUGUCAGCAAAAGUCACACAAGCCUUGAAGGAGAGGGAAAGAAUGGCAAAAGCAAUGCAAGAUGAGGAAGAACAAGCAAGAUUGAGAGCGUCAUCUUUGAUCUUACCAACAAUUAAUAAUUCAGAGAUAUCUGCAGAGGCUGGGACCCUUGGUGAAACUUUGGAUGCUGAUGCAAAGUGGCGAAAGACCUUGGACGAACAUCACAAACAAAAAAUAAUGAGAGAAGUAGAACUACGACGACAUACCAAAGUCGUUAACAAGUUAGAACGGAAUCUGUUUCUGGCUGAAAGAAAGGUAAUGAGAGCUGAACGAGCCUUGAUGAAAGUGGAGUCAUCUUUGAUGCCAUCGGAACCCAAAUCAGACCCUGAAAGCAUAACUGACGAAGAGAGGUUUAUGUUUCGCAAAUUAGGAUUGCGGAUGAAAGCCUUCUUACUUCUUGGUAGACGUGGAGUUUUUGAUGGUACCAUUGAGAACAUGCACCUGCACUGGAAAUAUAGGGAACUGGUUAAGAUAAUUGUGAAGGCUAAAACCUUUGAUCAAGUGAAAAAGGUUGCAUUGGCACUCGAAGCCGAGAGUGGAGGCAUUUUAGUUUCGGUUGACAAAGUUUCAAAAGGAUAUGCUAUAGUUGUUUACCGGGGAAAGGACUACCAGCGACCUUUAACUUUAAGACCAAAGAAUCUUUUAACAAAGAGAAAGGCUCUGGCACGGUCAAUUGAGCUCCAACGACGUGAGGCUCUCUUGAAGCAUAUUUCAAAUCUGCAAAAGAAAGUGGAGAAGAUAAGAUCUGAAAUAAAACAAGUGGAGACUGUAAAGGACCAUGGAGAUGAAGAAUUGUAUGACAAAUUAGAAUCUGCUUAUGCUAGCAAUGAUGAUGACUCCGAGGUGGAAGAUGGCGAGGAAGGAGAUGAGGCAUAUCUUGAGACCUAUAACAGUGAAAGCGACGGUGAAGACAAUGAAAGUGAUAAUAAUUUGUAUACUUCAACUGAGAAAUUUGCAUCACAAAGUUAAAAGGUAAAAGGACAUGUCUGAACUCUUAAGACUAUUUCUACCAUUUAUGGAACAGUAUACAUUGAACACAUGCUGAAUGUGGAUAAACAUAAUAACUCUUUCUGAUCAAGCCACUAAAGAAAAGACUUAGUGCCAUGUGUGUCAAAGGACAUGUUAUGCAGUCAUGAUAAGAAUCGAAUUAGACAAAGAAUUAUUGAAAAUUGUAUGUACGUACUUUUUGUUCAUAAUGGAGCGCUCUGAGUUGAAUUA